GAAGGAUUUUAUUUUUUUUUGGGGGGGUGUGGGGGGAGUGAUAGUAAGUAAUAUGGGUAAGUUAAAAAGUUAGAAGAGAAACGGAAUACCACAAAGCCGGCGCCAAUUUCAAUCGAGAUAAGAUUACUGCUACUGAUUAAAUCUUCCCAUUUGCUGUCUCUCUCACUCCCAUCUUGUGGCUCUCACAAAACCUCCUCUUCUCUCUUCUCUAACUCAUAUUACAAAAUAUUUAAGAAAAACAGGUCAGGUCUGCAAGGAGAAGAGAGGGUGAAAGUUUGGAUAGAGAGCCACUAAACCCUAACAACACAAUGACUAUUGCUCUACAAGCUUCCCUUCUCUGCAAUCCUUCACCAUCUCUUACUUCUUAUUCUCCUUCUAAACACCUCCUCCUUCACUCUUCUCCUCGCGGCUACCACCACAACCACUCGUCUCUUCCUCUAUCAAAUAUCUCCUUAUUCACUUGUCUCAAUUCAAGAUUCCAUCUCCUCCCUCUCUCAAUCUCAUGCACAUUGCGUCCGGAGAAUGCAAAUUUACAUCCCGAAUUAACUUCAAAUUCUCCAUCUGGAUUUAACUCAACUUCUCACUCAUCAGAAGUCAACGAGUUUAACUCUGGGGAUGAUUCUCCUAUUUCCAGUGACGUGGAGCUUUUUACAAAUGAAGCUGUGAAAAUUGACAGUGAAAAUGCGGAGACCAAGGGUGAAAAUAAGAACUCAUUGCAAAAAGAAGGUGUUAUGGGCAAAUUACCUUUUGUAGUGUUUUUAAUGGGAUUAUUGGUGACGGCUAAGAAAGGAUUAGAGAAGUUUCUAUCAUCUGAUUGGUUGAGUUGGAUGCCGUUUUGGCAUCAAGAGAAGAGAUUAGACCGCCUUAUUGCUGAAGCUGAUGCCAAUCCUAAAGACGCCAAUAAACAGGCCGCUCUCUUAUCUGAACUCAAUAAGCACAGCCCUGAGUCCGUGAUAAAGAGAUUUGAGCAAAGAGAUCACGCUGUGGAUAGUAAAGGAGUUGCUGAAUAUCUUAGAGCGCUUGUUGUCACUAAUGCUAUUACUGAUUAUCUUCCAGAUGAACAAUCUGGAAGACCUUCUAGUCUUCCUGCUCUGUUACAAGAAUUGAAGCAGCGUGCAUCAGGAAAUGUGGAUGAACCUUUUAUGAACCCUGGCAUUUCUGAGAAGCAACCUUUACAUGUCGUUAUGGUUGACCCUAAAGUGGCAAACAAGUCACGAUUUGCACAAGAGCUUAUCUCAACUAUCUUGUUUACUGUUGCUGUUGGAUUGUUUUGGGUAAUGGGUGCAGCUGCUCUUCAAAAGUAUAUUGGGGGCCUAGGGGGAAUAGGAACUUCUGGAGUUGGCUCAAGUUCUUCAUAUGCGCCCAAGGAGUUAAAUAAAGAAAUUAUGCCUGAGAAAAAUGUUAAAACGUUUAAGGAUGUCAAAGGCUGUGAUGAUGCAAAGCAGGAGCUUGAGGAAGUAGUUGAGUACCUCAAAAACCCAACAAAAUUUACUCGCCUUGGGGGAAAGUUGCCAAAGGGAAUUCUUUUGACAGGAGCACCUGGUACAGGAAAGACAUUGCUUGCCAAGGCGAUUGCUGGAGAAGCUGGGGUACCUUUUUUCUAUAGAGCAGGAUCUGAAUUUGAGGAAAUGUUUGUUGGAGUUGGUGCUCGACGUGUGAGAUCCUUAUUUCAAGCAGCUAAAAAAAAGGCUCCAUGCAUCAUUUUUAUCGAUGAGAUUGAUGCUGUCGGGUCCACACGAAAACAAUGGGAAGGCCAUACUAAGAAAACAUUGCAUCAACUGCUAGUUGAGAUGGAUGGCUUUGAACAGAAUGAGGGGAUCAUUUUGAUGGCAGCAACAAACUUGCCAGACAUUCUCGAUCCAGCUCUGACCAGGCCUGGUAGAUUCGACAGGCAUAUUGUUGUUCUAAAUCCAGACGUACGGGGUCGUCAAGAGAUUUUGGAGUUAUAUCUCCAAGAUAAACCUUUAGCAGAUGAUGUAGAUGUUAAAGCAAUUGCCCGUGGCACUCCAGGCUUCAAUGGAGCAGAUCUUGCAAAUCUAGUUAACAUUGCUGCCAUUAAAGCUGCCGUUGAAGGUGCAGAGAAGUUAACUUCUGCACAGUUGGAGUUUGCAAAAGACAGGAUAGUUAUGGGUACAGAGCGGAAAACUAUGUUCAUAUCAGAAGAAUCUAAGAAGUUAACUGCAUAUCAUGAGAGUGGCCAUGCCAUUGUAGCCUUCAACACUGAUGGUGCACAUCCAAUUCACAAAGCAACAAUAAUGCCACGUGGAUCUGCUUUAGGAAUGGUCACCCAGCUUCCUUCAAAUGAUGAGACAUCAAUUAGCAAAAAGCAGUUAUUAGCUCGUCUUGAUGUUUGUAUGGGAGGAAGAGUUGCAGAAGAGCUCAUAUUUGGACAGGACCAUGUCACUACUGGAGCGAGUAGUGAUCUUCAUACAGCUACCGAACUUGCUCAUUAUAUGGUAUCUAAUUGCGGGAUGAGUGAUGCAAUAGGACCAGUACAUAUCAAAGAGCGGCCAAGUUCUGAAAUGCAGUCACGAAUAGAUGCUGAAGUGGUGAAACUCCUAAGAGAGGCAUAUGAUCGUGUAAAGAAGCUGUUAAAGAAGCAUGAGAAGGCAUUACAUGCAUUAGCAAAUGCUCUUUUGGAGUAUGAAACGCUUAGUGCAGAAGACAUAAAGCGAAUUCUUCUUCCUUACCGAGAAGGACGGCUGACUGAGCAACAAGAAGAACAGCAAGAAGAAGGGGAGCUUGUGUUGGCUUAAUCUUGUAAUCUAGUCAAUGAUUAGGGCUGGGGGGAAGCUCUGUACAGUGUAUUUAAAGCAGUACAGGUGAUUAAUUAUAUAAUUCCUUCCAAAUUCCCCCCUUUCAUGUGUCCAUAAGAGUUUCAUAGGAAUUCUGUUUAUAUAUCAGAAGCAUCUCCAAAGCAAUCCGUUGUAGCAUUCUAACAAUCAAAUAUUUUUACAGAAUCAUGUACUAUUUUGAAAUUACUUGUGUUACUUGAAUGUUGACCCCAUUAAGGGUGAAAUUUUGGACAUAUAUCUUCUGCUAUAGGAUAACUUUGUUGUUAGUUCUUGAAA